AAAUCCGUUAGAUCUAAGCUUUAUCUAACAGACAGGGCGGCCUCUUUUCAUACACAAUCAAUACAACUGGAGUUGAUGGGAUUUUACAAUAGUGUCAGUCUCCACUGGAUCAGAACACAAGAACAGCAGCCGUGUGGGAGGCAGCCAUCGACAGAUGAGCGCUGGUGAUGCUGGAGGCUCGAGCUGCCACAAUGUCAACCUGUGGAACUGGCAAACUAUGGCACAAGUACUUACAUGAAUAACUAGAGGGCAUGGUGAGCAGAGACCAGAAGAGCUCUUCCUGUUUGUGUGGACCAAGGCACAUUUUGAACAGUGUCUGUAGAUACCAGGAGAAGUGAGAGACAUGGACAACUCUGUCACGCUGUGGCAGUUCCUUCUCCAGCUCCUGUUGGACUCCAGCAACGAGCAGUUAAUCUGUUGGACCAAUGAGGAAGGGGAGUUUAAACUGCUGCAGGCAGAGGAGGUGGCCCGGCUGUGGGGAGCCCGCAAGAACAAACCCAACAUGAACUACGACAAACUCAGCAGGGCUCUCAGAUACUACUAUGACAAGAACAUCAUAAAGAAGGUGAACGGUCAGAAGUUUGUGUAUCGCUUUGUAUCUUAUCCUGACAUCCUGAAAGGAGACACUGCUAACCGAACAGACGGUGGGGAUGUUGGAGCUGGGCCCAUCCCUUCCGUAACAAGAAGGGACAGCAUGCUGCAGGAGGGGGAGUCUGGUGACAGAGCUAAGGCAGGAGGUGGUACAGCAGCUCUGGGCGCCAACUCCAAGCAGUCCAACCGUAACGACUACAUCCACUCUGGCUUGUAUACGUCCUUUACACUGAACUCGCUCCAAAAUGGACGCCAGCUCUUUAAAUCCAUAAAAAUGGAGAACCCAGCAGAGAAGAUUGCUGAGAAGAGGGGUCCUGCUGCCCCUGGCCUGAGCCAGGAAGCAUCGUCCCAGGCACCACAGCCAACUGUCUCACCAUCCGUUAUUAAGUUUGUCAACACCCCUCCAAAACCAGCACCAGCACCGCCUCCUCAGGCUGCCAUGGAGCCAGCUCUGAUCAACCAUCUGGAUCCUCUGCAACCUCCAUCACAGAGGACUGAAGAAAUCAACACACACUCCUCACUACCAGCGCAGCCAAUGUACUCCUUUGAACACAUCCGCACAUCAGAAACAGCAUAUAGCUUAGCAGACCUGCCCUCAACCAGCCCCACCUCGACCCUAGUGCCGGACUCCUCGCAGGAGCUGGUGAUUGACAGCGAUAUCGAGUCAUCUCAGCCUGCGGAUGUUGAGGCCCCAGAGCCCACAGGAAGUCAGCAGCAACAGAAGGGGGACAGUGGUGUCAGUCUGUCUGGAGAUGAGACCAGUUUGGUAGACACUGAAACCAGUUCGUCUUCAGUGAGCAGCUGCACAACGAUCAGCACCCAGAUCCCUGGAAAGACACGCAAGCCACCAAAAGUGCUACAGAUCAGCCCCCCAGCUCUGCUGGUCACCGCAUCAGACUUCUCCCCCAUGAACCUCUGCAGCCCAUCUCUGCCCACUGCCUCUCUCACACCAGCAGUGUUACAGACUCCCACUCUGUUGCUAACUCCCAGUCCACUGCUGUCCAACAUCCAUUUCUGGAGCACGCUCAGUCCCGUCGCUCCGCUCAGCCCAGCCACACGGCGCCAGGGAGCCCACCUGUUCCAAUUCCCAACAGUCCUCACCCCCCAGUUCCAGAUCCCUGUGCACAGUAUGGAUGGGACCAACACACCUGGCCCCAUUUCACCAGACCCUCAGAAGACAUAGGAAUCAACCCACCCUCGCACCCAGCUCCGUCCCCCGCUCGUACAUCAGGACCAUCCUGCAGAAGCUCAGUCAUUACCAUUCCCCUCUCUGGCGCUGUAAUCACUGCCACACGAUUCACACUACAGCCAGCUGUGUGGAGGGAGGAUUUGAUCGACAGCACACUGUUUGUUUCUCAGCUUUCGUGCCCUGAGGUGUGUGUGUACUUACAUACGCCUGAUACACACUGACGCCACCACCUCUAUGCACAGAUUCACUUAGUUUGGCUUGUUGGGAUUCUCAGUCACAACAAUUUGAGGGAUGGAGGGAUUUCCAUGGCAACAGUUGAUGCAUAUGGAUGGAACCCUUAGCAGCAACCGUCUGCUUCACACUUGGACACAGACCAGGAUUGCGGAUAUCAGAAUCUUUGCUUUUGAGGAGUUUGCUGAGCUUGUGCAACCGUAUUACUGCCAAAAAGAGACAAACGUUCCCUUAUCGGUGUCUACACCGUCUCUCUGCUCCUUGUUGUGCUUUGUCCUUGGCAUUUAGUCUUAAUGAAGAGGAGCAGCCUCUUAACCUGCAUUUUUACCUACCACUCUCGUCACUUCAACCCACUUCAGCUUAACCUUCAAGCCUUGUCCCCGCUGCUCUGAAAUAUUGACCAACUAUAGCCAUGCCCAGGAGGACUUACCUUCACUGUCUUAUUGUGAGGUGGUGACCUGGGGUUAACCUUGAAUGCCUCCUAUUGUGUGUGUGUGUGUGUGUGUGCGUGUGUGCGUGUCUGUGUGUGCGUGUGUGUGUGUGUGUAGAGUAGAAAAGCCCUGAGAGCCAGUGAUGCCUGGUCUAUAUUCAGCCAGUAAAUCUUUCAGGUUGGGAAUGAAAGACAAUGAAGCCAUAAUACAUUUAGUGCAAACAAUUAUUAUUUUAGGUUUCUCAGUGUCAGAAUAGAAAGAAUCAAAGAAUAGUUCAGCAUAUUCAUGAAGUCAGUCAGUCUGCUCACCCAAACCUUUGUUAAACCUGAAGCGUGUGGGUUUACUGGGUGUCCACAAGUCGUCUCACUCGUCUCUGUUGGGAACUAAGAGGCUUCUUGCACUAUCAGUGCAGUGUAUUUAAGAUCAGAUUAAAACUUAUUAGUUAGACCGGCCAACAGUCCAGCCUGAACCUUUGCCUCGCCUUAGCCAUCUGAAACCUAUUAACCUUUAACCUAAAGCCCUCUUUACAAGAUCAGCCAUGUAAGAGUUACACCUGUCUGUAAAAGAAGCCAUAUGUUUGAGACACAGUCUCAGUAGGUAGAACCAGGCCAGUGUGUGUUUACAUGACAUGACGUGUCAGUCUCUAACCCAGGAAUGGAUGACCAGCAGAUCCUACAGCAGGGAGCUGGCUUUCACUCAGACCGUUGCUCCUCUGCCUGCAGUCCGUCACUCAUGGAUAAACGGUGCCUUACCACAGCCAAGCCCAAGUUUACCUCCCAAACACGGAUGGAGCUCUGUCAUGGAAAGCUGGUAGAGCUUAGACUUUAUGCCAUGUGUGUGUGUGUAGACCAAACCAGGGAUGUGCGACCUGCAGGAGCCAGCGCUGCAGGGUUCUUCAGGAUGCAUUCUUGUACAUAUAAACUGCAACAUGGGUAAAUAUGCAUAGCAUGUCAAAGAGCUGGUUUACAUCUACAUGUCUAGGGUCUAUUCAGAUGGCAUAUAAAAACACAGACACACAUAUAAAUAAAUAUAUAUAUAUAUAUAUAUAUAAAAACCUUUUUGUGCGUAAUCUCCAUUUAUUUUCCUGUAACGUUAAUAGAACUUAGAUUCAUUUCUAUUUUUGUAAUGGCCAGAUGUUGAGGUAGUUGUCUGCUCUUUUAGGUUCCCUUAUGCAUGUGUUCAUGUUGUUUUCCUCUUGUGCAUUUGGGAGGUGGGAAUCAAAGCCUUAUGGGGAGACAUCACAAGCUACGUUUUCUAUUUCAAGUGUUUUGAUAUAGUGUUGAUAUUGUACAUGCAGAUGUUGUGAUGGGACGUUUGCACUUAAUACUUCGGGGUCCUGUAGUAACGGAGUUUGUCGCUUUUCUAUUACACUUUGACAAUGUUGUUGUUUGCUUACUGAGAAAAGUAUAUUUUCCCAAAGGGAGGAAACAGAUGUGCACUUCUUUUAUAUGGCAAAACAGAGUAAAAACUAAUCUUAUAUAGUAAAUCAAGAGGACUGUAAUUAGGCACUAUCACAUGAUAUUUAUUUAUUUGAUUUUAGAGUCGAGCCCAGUAGACUUGAUUGCUUCUAAAGCAUUUUUGCAGAACCUUUAAUUAAAACACUUUAACAAAGCUGGAAAAUGUCCCCAAAGCCCAUUCACAACUUUCCUCCUCUGCCUUUUUUUGGACCGAUCAUUCUUACCCUUCUCUUCGUUUUGUAUCCUUACUUACCCUCACAUGUAGUGAAGUUCUGUUUAAAAGGAAAUAAUGCAGUUUUUGGUUUUGUUCUGUCCAGCUCUAUUUGUUUGACGCUAUUUGAAAUGUUUACAAGCUGCUUGUCUUAAGUGGCGUAUCGAUGUGCGAGGUGUGGAGGAGGUGUUUAUAAUGGAAGACGUACUUUAGGUGAGACCAAUAAUAAAAGAUCUCCAACUAAACAUGA